GCUGCAAUUGGUCACUGGCUCAGGACAGCCCCCUCAUGCUGGGAAUCCAGGGGAUUUUAAGCAGGUUCCAGAAAAUCCUGCUCAGUUCCUUGUCCCCCACUUUCUCCACCCCUCAGAUGCUCUGGGCCCUAGCCCCUUCCCCAGCCAUGGCUCCUGGGGCUCCCUCAUCAGGCCCCAGCCCUAUCCUGGCCACCCUGCUCUUCUCUUCUUUGGUGCUGUCCCCGGCCCUGGCCAUUGUGGUUUACACGGACAGGGAAAUCUAUGGUGCUGUGGGCUCCCAGGUGACCCUGCACUGCUCCUUCUGGUCCAGUGAAUGGGUCUCAGAUGACAUCUCUUUUACCUGGCGCUACCAGCCUGAAGGGGGCCGAGAUGCCAUUUCGAUCUUCCACUAUGCCAAGGGACAACCUUAUAUCGAUGAAGUGGGGACCUUCAAAGAGCGCAUCCAGUGGGUAGGGGACCCUCGCUGGAAGGAUGGCUCCAUUGUCAUACACAACCUUGACUACAGCGACAACGGAACUUUCACAUGUGAUGUGAAAAACCCACCAGACAUAGUGGGCAAGACUUCUCAGGUCACACUCUAUGUCUUUGAAAAAGUGCCCACUAGAUAUGGGGUGGUGUUGGGAGCAGUGAUCGGGGGCAUCCUUGGCGUGGUGCUGUUGCUGCUGCUGCUCUUCUACCUGGUUCGGUACUGCUGGCUGCGCAGGCAGGCAGCUCUGCAGAGGAGGCUCAGUGCCAUGGAGAAGGGGAAAUUUCACAAAUCUUCUAAGGACUCCUCGAAGCGCGGGCGGCAGACGCCAGUGCUGUAUGCCAUGCUGGACCACAGCAGAAGCGCCAAAGCUGCUAGUGAGAAGAAGUCUAAAGGGCUGGGGGAGUCUCGCAAGGAUAAGAAAUAGCGGUUAGCGGGCCGGGCGGGGGGUCGGGGGUCUGCGACAGAGUCUUCCAAAGGCUCUCAGGUGGUGGUCAUCGAGAUGGAGCUUCGAAAAGAUGAGCAGAGCUCGGAGCUCCGACCUGCAGUCAAGUCCCCCAGUAGAACCAGCCUCAAGAACGCCCUCAAGAACAUGAUGGGCCUGGACUCGGACAAGUGACCGUCACAUCCAGGCCCUGUCAGAGCAGGGGGACCUAGGCUCCUCUUUUCCCAGGUCUAGGUGCUUUCCUCUUGCUCCUCAGCCCUGCCCUGCCCUUACCUCCCAAUAAGAUGUAAAGUUUCAUUUCAACCUUCCUUUCCAAGUUCUUGUAUUUCUCCUUCGCCUUUCUUUACCCCUCGGCUUUCCCGGGAGCCUAGGGACUAACCCUAUUCCUCACCUGCCCCAAGGGCUGUGUGUUUGGUGCCUGUCCCUCAGGCGCUGAGAAGAAAGGGACCUUGAUAGCCUCUGCCCAACUCCAGGCCAGUUGACCUUCCCAUCCCCUCUCACGCACACACACCCUCACUCAGCUGAUACCCGGGCUCUUCCAGCUCUCCCCUUUAUCCCUCAGUGGCCCAGCUCCAUGCUCUUGUCUUUGGGCUCAAAUCCACAUCAUCCAGAUCAGACUCUCCAUCAGGGUUUAUUUAGGUUGUCGAGUAUUUUUUAUUUGUCCUUCUGUUUUUUUGUUUGUUUGUUUAUCUGAGCCCGUGCCCCCAUGACUGAGGACCAAUGACGUCAUGUGGCUUUUGCAGUACCCAACUCCCUGCUAAGUCUUUAUCAUUAUUGGAGAGCCAGCCAGCCCAGACAGUUGGAGCCCCUGAACCUCAGACCUCAGCUACAUGAUUGAUGCCCUUUGACCACACUGGAGCACAGUUCUGGGACUCAAGAUUUGGGGAAGGAGAGAGAAAAAGAUGGAUCCUCAGAGGUCAGGGGUGGAGUUCGGGGCUUUAAGAAAUAAAUAAUUAGACAGCAAACAGGAAAACCACAUGAGAAUAGGAGGGAAAGGAAGAGGUUGCACUCCCAGGCACAGGGGAUUGUUAGGAUUUUUCUACAUUCUGUACAUUUCUUUUACCACCUCCAAAUGUCCUUAAAUGUUUAAUAAACACUGACAUUUCCAGA